AUGUGUGGCUGCAGAGCAAGUGUUCCCAGCACGAAGCAAUACUCAGUCAAUCAGCCGGCUCCUGCUUCCACCAAAAAAAGCCCUUUGGCUGCAGCAGGCAUGCCCAAGCGCAUACCUAUAGCCAAGCAGCUGGCAUCAAUAAAAGCUCUAGGAAAAGGCUCAGAUCUUGAAAAAGCUUUUGCUACUGCAGCCUUGGUGUAUAACAACGCUGCUGACCCUGAGGGCAAGCUCAGCAAAGCUGAAACCAAAAGUCUGCUGCAAACCCAGUUUUGGGGUUUCAUACAGGGGCAAGAAAACAAACCAAAAUACCAGGAAAUAAUUUCUGCCCUGGAUGAGGAGUCAGAGAACAAAAUUGAUUUUGAAGAUUUUAUGAUCUUGUUAGUCAGUCUCACUCUAAUGUCUGACUUGCUCCAGGAGAUCAAAAAUGUGAAAACCACAAAAUGA